AUAUAUAUAUAUAUAAAGAAACCAGGAUCCAUUACUAGUUUCAUGGAGAUGUCCUCAUCAAAAACUUAUGAAGCUAUUGAAACCCAAGCUGGUUUCGCUUUGCUUCAAAGGAACACUGCCCCAUCUCAACCUGGUGAAAGGCGAGGCCGAAGGAAGCAAGCUGACCCAGGGCGGUUUCUUGGCGUCAGGCGUCGGCCGUGGGGUCGAUAUGCAGCUGAAAUCCGUGAUCCAACGACGAAAGAAAGGCAUUGGCUGGGCACGUUCGAUACGGCUCAAGAAGCAGCACUUGCUUAUGAUAGAGCUGCACUUUCCAUGAAAGGAACACAAGCAAGAACAAACUUCGUAUACUCCAACAACUACAACACUGCAGCUGAUUUGCUUCAAGGUGCCUUUUUACCAACUUCGUAUCAAUUUCAACCCACUGUGCAACCUAAUAACAAUGGUGCCGAUGGCUCGGUUGAUGAAAAUAGUUUAUUUUUAACUGAUCAAAGUAGCAACUCCGGUUACUUGUCUUGCAUUGUCCCUGAUAACUGCUUGAAACCACCUUCGACACCAACCGGUUCUUGUUCUUCACACGUUUCAAACAUCUGCAACACUUCCAUGAACCAUAACCCGAUCGCAAACCAAUCGUUUUCCGAUACCUAUGCUCAGGGUUAUGACGAACUAACUCAAGGUUUUCUUUGGAGUGGUGGUGACAUGCAGCAGCAGCAACCAUCAUGGGGGAUCGACUCUAAUGAACUCUUGGCUAUAACCAACAACACUUCCCCAUUGAUGGUUGAAGAUGCAUGCAUGGGAGGUUUUUUUAACAACAAUGACGGUAUUCCCAGCAACUACAACAUGAUGAUCCCAGAAACCAGUUCAAUGCCUACUUUUAGUGAUGUAAUCGACUUCGGAUAUUCACUGUUUUGA